UUGUUGAAAGGAUCCUUUUAAAACUCAACCUCCAAAUAUUCUCAAUAAAUUAACAGAAAACAAUAAAUUGUAACUAUUUCAAUUUUCAUAUGUUAGGGACAUAUUGGCCUAUUGGUAUGGGCUUAGGCCCAACAUGGCUUCUCUUCUUUCUUGCGUACGGGUUUUGACUUGGUUUAGUGGCAUUUGAACUUUGAAGUAGCUAAUCUGCUUCAACAGAAUUGACGCUUCGUCACACCGGCCGGCGGCCGGCGGCCACCGCGUCACUUCUACAGAGACUAUAGGAGCGCUCCACGUUGCAUGGAGGCCGCCGCUGAGCGGGACCCACGUGGGGCGUUCGUUCCGGAAUUCCCGUUCCCCCGAAAUCUAAUGUCUCCCCCUCCCUUUUCCUUCUCCCGCCUUUAUCUCAACCAUUUUCCCCCUCCUCUUUUCCGCCACCAUUCGACCCCCUUCUUCCCCUUCUCGAUCAUCUGAAAAUUUUGGGGGACAAAUCGCUAAAAGAGAGAAAUCAUGGACGCCAAUUUCGUGCUGGUAAGGCAAAUCCCACCCGGGAUUCGACUUCUCCGAGCAGCCAGAGGCCGGGAUUGGACCCUGAAAACCUACCGGUACGCGAUCCUGCUGGUUACCUUCAUCGCAUACGCCUGCUACCACGCUUCCCGAAAACCUAGCAGCAUCGUCAAGAGCGUCCUCGACCCCGACCCUCUGAACCAACCGCUCUCAGGUAACGAUCCUUACCCUUGGCCGAUUGGGAAUGUGUUCAUCAAGGAGGAGGAAGGGCAAAAUUCGUCAAUUGAAGGUAGCAGUAGAGGUUGGGCGCCGUUCAACGGCAAGGACGGGACGUCGAAAUUGGGGGAAAUCGACGUGGCCUUCUUGUCCUGCUACUCGUUGGGGAUGUAUGUGGCGGGACAUUUGGGGGAUAAAUUGGAUUUGAGGCUCUUCUUGACCUCUGGCAUGGUGGGAAGCGGGAUAUUCGUCGCGCUGUUUGGGAUGGGUUACAUUUGGAAUGUUCAUGUGUUCUGGUUCUACCUGGCGAUGCAAAUGGUUGCCGGGCUGUUCCAGGCCACGGGCUGGCCGUCUGUUGUGGCGGUGAUAGGGAACUGGUUUGGGAAGAGGAAGAGAGGGUUGAUUAUGGGGAUCUGGAAUGCGCACACCUCCGUUGGGAACAUCAGCGGCUCGCUUCUUGCGGCUGCGGUGUUGAGCUGUGGAUGGGGGUGGUCCUUCAUUGUUCCUGGAGCUUUUAUUGUGCUUGGAGGGGUGCUGGUUUUCCUGUUCUUGGCUCCGUAUCCGGAGGAUAUAGGGUUUACUACUGCGCAGUUGAUGGCUACGGAUGAUAAUGGUCAGGAUGUGGAGGGUCAGAAUCGUGGUGAGGCGGCUGGGAAUGACGGAGGUGGCCCUGUUCCUGGACCGUGUGGAUCGGGACUCAGGACGAGCGUUGGCCUCGUAGAAGCUUGUUUGAUUCCGGGAGUUAUACCGUUUGCAUUGUGCUUGUUCUUCUCGAAGCUCGUGGCCUACACGUUCUUGUAUUGGUUGCCUUUCUACUUGAGCCAGACAGCAAUUGGUGGGCACUUCAUGUCCGUGAAGUCUGCCGGCAACCUCUCUACUCUGUUCGACGUAGGAGGCAUCGUGGGCGGUAUUCUUGCCGGUUACAUAUCAGACAGACUCAAAGCUCGAGCCAUCACAGCAGCCAGUUUUAUGUACAUGGCGAUCCCAGCCAUGCUCUUAUACCGCUGGUACGGGAGUGUCUCCCAGUCCCUGAACAUCAUACUGAUGAUGAUUGCUGGCUUGUUUGUGAACGGACCCUACGCACUGAUCACAACAGCAGUGUCUGCGGACCUUGGCACCCACAGCUCUCUCAGAGGUGAUUCUCGGGCACUUGCGACUGUCACUGCAAUAAUUGAUGGCACUGGAUCGAUCGGUGCAGCCCUUGGUCCGCUUCUCACCGGGUUUCUAUCGACGAGAGGAUGGAACUUGGUGUUUGUGAUGCUGAUGCUCUGUGCCCUUGUCGCUGGCCUUCUUUUGACGCGUCUAGUAAUUGCCGAGAUUGCUGAAAAGGCUGAUCGGCCAAUACCUGGUGGUAAGCAGGGACAUGAAGCUCCAGCAUCAGAGCCACUUCUAGGCAAUCUAAGGUGAAAUUUUUCCGGUAUAUAAGUUCGCAAUAUCUUCUCUACAAGAACAAAGAACAGACAUUAGACUCUCAAUUUUUUGGAUAGCUGAAACAUUGCAGCCUGUAAGAAGGAUUCAGAGGAGACAUGCAAAUGCAACAGCCAUAUAGUUUUGUAUAGUCUCAUUGCAAUAUAUUAUUUUUGUUUCCUGUGUGAAAUGUAGUGUACAAAUUGGACAACACAGAGUUAGUAGUAUGUAUAUAGGAAUCAUCAUGAGUGUUUUACUACGAGAUGACAAUUUUGAUCUGAUCUGACCCGAGGCACUGGAAGGAACUGGGUGUAUUGCCAACUCCGAGAGUAAGACUUCUGAGUUCUGACAGAGAUCAAUGUUCAAUACAAAUCAAAGUCAUAAAUUUUGUUGUUUUCUUUUUCGGAGUGAUGUGUAAUGCAAUUAUUUUGGAUGUACUUUUUUUUAGUAUUUUUACUUUCCCUUGAGAAUGGUUCACUAUUUGCAGGACAGUGAACCAGUCAUUAAACCAGUAAUAUGCUUCUACUUUUGAAUAUCAGAACAAAGCAAAUAUGUUCUUCAUGGUGCAUAUGCUCUUUUGUGGAAUUUUUUUUAUACAAAAAUUGAAUAUUGAUCGAGUUCAGUUGGGAUCCAAAAACACACCCAAAAAGGCAGCAACUAAGCUCGCAAGUUAGUCUCCCAAUACCACUUCAAACAAAAUACUACUCUGUUUUGUAAGCUUAUGAAAACAGGUUCGGAUGUUUAAACCCAGAUGUUUAAAUCAACCAUAGUUUUAGGAUUAAUCUGGCGCUGUUAAAGGGGAGAUGAGAGAUUAGUUUAAAUAGGGAUAUUGGAAUUUGGGAAUUGUUAGAUGUGAUUGGAUAUUGGUUUUCUUUUGAAACAUGAAACUUGUUUUGGGAUAUACUUUGGAAUUGGUUUGGUGUAGUGGGGAUGUUUUUAUAUAUAUUAUAAUUAGGUGUUCAUCGGCUUGAGCCCUUUGGACUCUCCACUAAGAUCCCCAUUAGCAUUGUUGGGAACACAACGAAAGGGCCUCGAGGGGGCCAAACUCAGGACCUCACAUGUCCAGAACGAGCGCCUAACGAGGGUUCACCAAUCGGGUUAUGUGACCUUUGGCGUAGUGGGGAGAGUUAGUCAAUAGAGUGAAAAUAUUAUAUUGACGAGAAAGGUAAAGUGCAAAUGGUUUACAAAGUCUUUUUUAACUUUAUUUUAUUGAUUAAAGUUAUUAGUGGCUUCUUUUAGAAAAGUGUGUGCAAUUUAAUUUGACAUAUUAAAUCACACUACACAUUUAACAUGUUAGCGCCGUGCAUUUUGGAAUUGAUUUUUUCUACUAAUAAUUAAUUGUUUAUUCUGAAUUAUUUUGUGAUUAAUUAAUUUUGAUAAUUAAUUAAUUGAUUAUCUUUUGUGAAACACAUAAGGAAACUAUCAUUUUUUCACAAUUUAAGUACCGCCUAAUUUCUUCCUGACGUUAAUAUUUUUCUUCCAAGUUUUCUUAUCAAAUUCACAAAUACAAAAAUAUGCGAGAUUGUUAUUUCCAUACUUAAAUUGAAGGGACCCCUAGGGUAAUUUAAUCGAUUCCUACAAAAAAUUUAGAGUCGACACAAAUUACAUUUUAAAAAGAGUAAUUCACGCUUUCAAGUCUGUUUCUUUUCAUCCAAGUUACUAACAGGAAAGCAGGCGACAGUGAGCAAAAAAUUGGACAAGAGAACUUGUAUUUGUGUGUUGUGGGUUAGUUUGGUUUGCAACAUGCUCAUCAUGGGUUGUACAUAUAAAUAUAAUCAUAAUAAUUGUUUUUGUAAUAAUUAUAGUCGAUGUUUCUAUAGCUGUAGGACUACAAUUCGAACACAAUUAACACUUUAGACAAAUCCCACAUCGACAAAGUACGGGAGAGAUCCAUGGUUUAUAAGUAAGAAACCGACCUUAACUGACAAGACGCGUUUUGGGGUGAAAUGAAGGAGUUCUUGUGAG